GCCGCGCUAUGAUGUCAUCAGCCUUCGAAUCCGGUCUUCUAAGGAUGCGUCCUAGGUGCCAGUGCUCCCCAGAAUGGUCUGGGACCCUCUGCACCGAGCGUUAUGAUGACUGCAGGAAUGGAGGACAGGACCUGUGUGUUCACGGCUUGUGCAUCGAUGCGGACCGGCUGAUAGCUGGACAGCCCAGAUUCCAGUGCAUCUGUGAGAGUGGAUGGGAGGCUCCAGCUGGGAACCCAGCAUGUGUGGCUGAUGUGGAUGAGUGUAACCUAGCAAACAAGCCAUGCUCCACCAACCCCCUUGUUCCCUGCUUCAACACUCAGGGCUCUUUCUACUGCGGGAACUGUCCUUCUGGUUGGCAGGGAAACGGCUACAGCUGUCAAGAUGUGGAUGAAUGUUUGACCAACAAUGGCGGCUGCUCCUCUGCUCCAAUGGUUCAGUGCCUGAAUACUAUGGGCUCCUUCCACUGUGGGUCCUGCCCUCCAGGCUAUGAGGGGGAUGGGAGAACUUGCACCCAGGCUAAUAUCUGCUCUUCCAACAAUGGAGGAUGUCAUCCUUUAGCCACCUGCACAUCCACCACAGGUUCAUCCUUCCCUACAUGCACAUGCCCAGAAGGCUACACCGGCAAUGGCUAUGGUCCCAGCGGCUGCACUCACAUCAGCAACAUCUGUCAGACUAACAACCCCUGUGUGAACGGACAGUGUACGAGCACUUCCUCAGGCUACAUCUGCCACUGCAGCCCUGGCUGGGAAGGUCUUCACUGUGACCACAACAUCAACGAAUGCUCAAGCAACCCUUGUCAAAAUGGGGGAACCUGCACUGAUGGUGUUAACGGGUUCACCUGUAACUGUACCGCCCAGUGGACCGGCGCCUUCUGCCAGACCCCGCAGCAAGGUACAAACCAUUAGAAGCAGAGAGAAUUCAGCAACAUCUAUCCAUUGAUCUGGUCUGAAUGUUAAUGAUCGUUUUAACUCCAUGUUUUCGUCUUCUAUCCAUUGAUCUGGUCUGAAUGUUAAUGAUCGUUUUAACUCCAUGUUUUCGUCUUCUAUCCAUUGAUCUGGUCUGAAUGUUAAUGAUCGUUUUAACUCCAUGUUUUCGUCUUCUAUCCAUUGAUCUGGUCUGAAUGUUAAUGAUCGUUUUAACUCCAU